AUGUCGAGACCUACAGAAGAAGACAUCGACGCCGAGCAGCCACUGACGUGCCUUCCUGAAGAACUCAUCCUCGAAAUUCUUCACAGGUUUCCCGUCGAAUCUCUCUUAAAAUUCAGGUGCGUUCGUAAGAAGUGGAACAUCUUAUUCAGAAACCCUAACUUUAUCAAAAAUAAGAACUCUAAUUUCCUUCUAAAAUAUGACAAAAAUCUAUACUCUUUAGAUUAUGAUUCAUCAUCAUCGUUGUCAGAUUCUGAUGAUCCUCCUAUUAAGGAAACUCGUUAUCCACUCAAUUGUAUGAUAGAUGAUUUGAAAAUAUUGGGUUCUUGCAAUGGAUUGGUUUGCUCAAGUCAUUGUGGUGGUGUAGUUUGGAACCCAACUACCAAUGAAUAUAGAGUAAUACCAAGAUCGGAUACAUUGCCAGCUGGAUUUCGAUCCGCGUCUUUUCUUGGGUACAUUAGCUUUGAUUAUGGGUUUGGUUAUGAUGCAUUAAGUCAAGAUUCCAAGUAUGUAAGAAUUGUGGGUCGUUCAAGUUCAACUCAGGGUAAAUCUGAAGUCAAUGUUUAUUCGUUGAAAUCAGAUUCUCGAAAACGUAUCCAACAUAUCCCUUAUAUAAUUUCUCACAGACCAAGUGUAUCAGCACCGGGGGUGUUCUGCAAUGGAGCUCUUCAUUGGAUUGCAAAAUAUUAUUCAGGAAGCAGCUGCAAAGUUUUAAUUGCUUUGGAUCUUGUAAAUGAGACUGUUCAAGAGAUCCCACAACCAGAAAUUUUGGAUGUUGGAAACUUUGGUGCUUAUAGAUAUGUCAAUGUGUUGGAGAAGUACCUAUGCAUGCUUUGUAGUAGUCAUGUGGAUGGUUAUGAAGUAUGGAUGAUGAAGGAUUAUGGAGUUAGAGAAUCUUGGACGAAGCUCUAUAAAAUUCCCACCCUUAUUGAUGUUAAUUCUGUUCAGUCAGUUCAGUACUUGAGGAAGAUGGAGUAUUUUAAAAACGACGAAAUUCUACUGAAAAUUAAACAGCACGAGGUUUUUAAUUUGGCUGGUGAGGAGGCUUUGGUUGUGUAUAACCCAAAGGAAAGAGCAACUAAGAUUCUAAAGCAUAGUAAGAAUGGCUUUUCAGGGUAUUCGAAGUGGAGACUUAUAUAA